AUGGCAAGCACCCAGAAGUCCCUCAAGGCUCGCCUGCAAAAUGGCGAAGUCCUGUAUGGGAUCGCCCUCCUUAGCUUCUCACCUACCAUGGCAGAAAUAGCUGCCUUUGCCGGCUAUGACUUCGUCCUCAUUGACAUGGAGCAUGGGUUCGGUGGCAUCGCUGACGCCUUGCCCUGCAUCCACGCCGUUUCCGCCGCCAACACUCCGGUGAUCAUCCGCGUUCCCGAGAACUCACAUGUGUGGGUCAAGAAAGUUCUCGAUCUUGGCCCUCAGGGCAUAGUCUUCCCAUUCAUCAACGACGCCGAUCAGGCCAGAAAGGCCGUAUCGCACUGCCGUUAUCCCACCAAGGGAGUGCGGGGGGUGGCCACUCCCAUUGUUAGGGCGUCCAAGUCCGGCAUCGACGAGCACUACGCGGAGCACUACGAGAAGGACCUGCUUAUUAUGUGCCAGGUAGAGACGGAGGAGUCGGUAAACAACGCGGAGAAGAUCGCGGCUGUGGACGGGGUAGACGCCGUCAUGGUGGGUCCUUAUGACCUGAGCGCCAGCGUCGGGUGCAUGUCCAACCCAAAUGCUCAGAAAGUGAAGGAUCUGCUGAGGAGCAUGGAGAGGACUGUACUGUCCUCUAAGAAAAACGAAAACGGAGGCCCAUUUUUGGCUGCAUUUGCAAUCGGAGCAGAUGGGUCGGAGGACUUCCGAAGGCGAGGGUACCAGUGCAUUCGUGGGGCCUGUGACGUCGUGGCGUUUAAGAAUGCCUGCCUUGCCGACGUGAGGAAGUUUAAGAAGGGCUUGGUCAGCUCCAGUCAUUGA